AUGGAAAAAUAUUUUCCAUCUGCUAUCAUUGGCAUCAUAAUUGGUGUCGUCACAGAUAUUGUCUCAAGUAGCAUCAUUGGUGUUAUCACAGAUAUUGUCUCAAGUGUUAUUACUAGUGUUGUCACAAGUAUUGUCUCAGGUGUUGUUACUGGUGUUAUUGUUGGUAUCAUUGUUGGUAUUGUCACUGUUAGAUUUUCUUCUAG